GACAGUGGGUACUCCAUGUAGGAGAAGGGAGAGGAGUGGACGGGGAUGUCACGGAGGAGGAGGUGGUGGUGGUGGUGGUCACUGGUGGUGGUGCGCUUACGAUCGCGAGAGAUGACGGAGGGAGUUCUUUCGCCAGAUGGACGGAACCAGCCAGGAGCAGCAGCGCGGCGGCGGCGGCGGAGACGAGGAGAUAAAUGCACAGAAGGAAGCAUUUUAGCGCAAAGGAGAAGGCCGGGCGUUUGGACACCAAAUGACGCCUCCGCCGGAGCCGAGAUUCCAGACAGCCGAUCAGCCAGAACGAGAAACUACUACAUGGACUAGAUACCGACACGGGGCGGGCACCUCUCAGUCGUGGUUCGAG